UUCUUUCUCUUUAUAUCUCUCUCUCCCUCUCUGUAGAUAUUCUUGUUUCGGCUCCUUCGAACACUUGCGGGUGAAAUAGUCUUCUACGUAGAACAUUUGGGGAAUAAUUGUUAAAGCAUCUCUACAAAGUGGGUUUUAACAAUCACUACUUGCACCUGUAUUCAGUGUUACCGUUUUUAUGUUACUUACAGUUUAAGGAGUGUACUAUUACAUAACGUGUUUUAAGAUAUUCAGUGUAUUACAAUGACGGAGGGUAAAAUUCCCAAGCCACAGCUAAGAGGCUUGCUCGCCAGCAGCAUGAAGAAGCAUUGCGUUGGCAUGAUACUUUUCACAACGUUUAACGCAGCCUUAUUUAAAUUCUGUUACAUGGACCCCAAGAAGAAGAAAUUUGAAGAUUUCUACAAGACAUACGACGCCGAUAAACAAUUUCAAAUCAUGGUCGAUGCUGGUCUAAUCAGUUCUGUGCCCGCAGGCGAGAAAGUAUAAAUCGCCUUGUCACAUCCGAUCAGCUAGUAGCAGUUACCAAUGUGGACAUUUAAGAGAAUAAAAUAGGUGUAACAAGUGUACAUUAUUCAUUGGAAUCUUUUGUUACGUUUAAUUACAUUGUCCUGCGAGCAUUCGUACUUUUGAAUUAAAUAUGUAUGAUUUUAUGUAGAUGUCACGUCGUGUACAUUAUAAUUUCACAAUCUUGGUUAGCUUUAUUACAAAUUAUGACAUGGAAAUUAAGAGUUAAGCCAGAUGGUAACGUAAUGUUAUCACAUCGAAGCUCUCAUGUUCGUGAAUAAAUUGCCCCUUCCAUCCA